UAUGGCGCCAAAAGAGUUUUCAAGCUGAUGAUAAGACCUGAUUUUUCUGUGUUGUGUUUUUUUUCUUGAGGUGGGAGGGAGAGGUUGAACCCAAAGACCUGCCAGUGAAUUUUUGCAGAGCGGUGUGUGCACAUAAGAUCACCGGGCAGAGGAAGCGAGGCAGCAAGUGAAGACGAGGAGAACUCAAUGUUUUAUUUUUGAAGGAGGGACGUUGCGAAACUGACUUGCAAUCUUUUCUGACUCAUCGUUUGGAAAUAAAGCAUCCUUUUCCUUUUUUUUCACGCCUCUUUUUUUCACGCCUCUUGCUUCCCCGUCACCCCCUUCAUUUACCGCUUGGCACCGGAGAGGAAAACACCGUCGGAUUUUGGCACCACGUUUGGGCUGCUUUUUGCAAAAUGCGACAUGCUUUCCUGUGAGAGGUAUGUUGUGCGCACCUCGCAGCACGCUAACCCCUGAGAAGCAGCAGCAGGACCACCACUGUGUUUGUUGUUGUUGAUUUGCAACUCAGUCUGGCUGCCACUUUGGGAUUUUAUUUCGGAUUUUGCACUCCGUGGCCAGUCUUUGCAGGGCUGACGCGCUGUCAACACGCACCGUGAGGGGGAGGGAAGGGAGGGGAAGGAAAGGGACAGUCCUGUCACCCAACGUGGAUCCAGAGUCGGGGCUGUUUAGCAGCACUGCUAGCUGCCUGCCAGGGCACCGGGUGGGCAAACUGAACUCCUGCUAAACCCUUCCACUGUAAAACUACAUGUGCCUGGCUCCCAAUGAUCUCCUAAUCUGUGGGACUGUGGACGUCUCUGCAUCCGAAGCUGUCUGCCAUCAAGAUGGAGAGCGAAAAGAAGAGGAGGAAAUACUCCACGAGCAGCAACGACUCCGACACCACCGACAGUCAGGUGACAUUGUGGUCAAGGUCAUCCAAGAAUACGGGCACCAGCAGCACAUGGGUCCGCCACCAGCACAAGAAACCAUCAGAGGUAUUUCGUACUGACUUUAUCACCGCCAUGAAGCUGCCGGACUCGGCCCAGCUCGGCCCGGAUGAUUUUUACGUGCUCUCGGACCCAUGGAGACAGGAGUGGGAGAAGGGGGUGCAGGUUCCUGCUAGCCUGGAGGCCAUCCCAGAGCCUGUUGUCAGGUUGCUGUCGAUUGAUUCAGCGGACGUCUUUUCAGACAACAGGCAGGAGACCGAGAGCAUCACCCAGCCUCUUCCCACCCAGCGCUACAGCUGCUACGACCUGGACGACCUGGAUGUUGCCUGGCUGGAGCUGGUCAACAACGAGUUCAGACAGAUGGCAUUACCAGAGCUGGACGAGCUGACGAUGGAGUGUGUUCUGGUCGAGCUGGAGAGCAUAUGCGAGGAGAAGAUGCGGCAGGCCAUCGAGACGGAGGAAGGCCUAGGAAUCGAGUAUGACGAGGACGUGGUCUGUGACGUCUGCCGCUCACCAGAGGGAGAGGACGGCAACGAGAUGGUCUUCUGUGACAAGUGCAACGUCUGCGUUCAUCAGGCAUGUUAUGGCAUACUGAAGGUGCCCCAGGGGAACUGGUUGUGUCGGACCUGCGCUCUGGGCGUUCAGCCCAAAUGUCUGCUCUGCCCCAAGAGGGGGGGGGCCCUCAAGCCCACCCGCAGUGGAACCAAGUGGGUCCACGUCAGCUGUGCCUUAUGGAUCCCUGAGGUGAGUAUAGGCUGUCCGGAGAAGAUGGAGCCCAUUACCAAGGUGUCCCACAUCCCCGCCAGCCGCUGGGCUCUGUCCUGCAGCCUGUGUAGAGAACACACAGGGACCUGCAUACAGUGCUCCAUGCCCUCCUGUAUCGUGGCCUUCCAUGUGACCUGCGCCUUCGACCACGGCCUGGAGAUGAGGACCAUCCUGGCAGAGAACGACGAGGUUCGCUUCAAGUCCUUCUGCCUUGAGCACAGCUGCAUCGCCAGCAACAGCGGUUCCACCUCCAACAACUUAACCAGUUUGACCAGUGCUAGCCUAGUAACCCACAGCACCACUUCCACCUUGAUCAGCGGAGCAAUAGCAGCAGCCAGAUCUGACUGGACCAACCCAGGUGUCAGUUCUGAGUUCCGGCCGGACCAUCAGCACCUACCAAACAUCAGCAGUGACCCGGAGCAGAGGUCGGUUUUGUACCCGAUGUCGGCAUCAGAGCGAGCUGAGCGGGAACAGCUGGAGAGGGAUAAAGUGAGCAAGAGGAAACAGAAGCUGCAGGAGCUGGAGGAUGAGUUUUACCAACUGGUGGAGCCCGGGGAGGUUGCCGAAAACCUGGGGCUGCCCGUCGCCCAGGUGGACUUUUUAUAUCAAUUCUGGAAGAUGAAGAGGAAGUCAAACUUUAACCAACCUCUGGUGACCUUAAAGAGGGACGAGGUGGACAACCUGGCCCAACAGGAGCAGGACGUCCUCUACAGACGCCUCAAACUAUUCACACACCUCCGACAAGACCUGGAGAGGGUACGUAACCUGUGCUACAUGGUGACACGGAGAGAGAAAAUGAAGCACACACUUUGUGACCUCCAGGAAAAGAUCUUCCACCUGCAGAUACAACUACUGGAAGAGGACGUCGCUGGCGAGAAAAACGAGAAGGGAGAAAAGAGGAAGCAGAAUGGAGUGAAGGAGAAAGGAAAGGAGAGGAGGAAGAGUAGUCCUGAGAAGAAAAAGGAGAGGUUGAAGGCAGAGAACGGAUCCCUGCUAAAAGAGCUAGGUUUGUCGAAGUCCUUCCCGUUGGACAACUCUUUGUUUGACAGCUGGCUCGCCCAAUCAGUUCAGAUCACAGCUGACGACAUGCUGAGCCAGUGGGCUCUGGGUUCCCAGCAUCGGGACAAGAGCAGCAGCCUGCUCUCUGAUCAGCUCCUGCAGGGUGAGGAGAGCCUGCUAAAUCUCAUGAUGGAGAACUCCAUGCAGUCCACCUGGAAAACACCUCAGCUGGGCCGGAAACCGCGAGGGAGCAACAAGCCCCGUACUCGCGGCCCACCUGCGCAAUCCUCCAGCCCCACCCUGCCCCAGAUGCCCCUCUCUGCAGCGGCCCCCUCCUCCGCCAGCAGCCCCUCCACAGCAAAGAGCCUCUGGGCAAGCAUGGCAGAGGAAAAGCCCAUCCAAGUGGGCCGCAAAGGGGAAAGGUCUGGGGGCUCCUCGCGGCACCAUCUCUACGUUCAUCCCCACCAGACGAGGAGCUCCGAUCCGCCGCCGCAGCCACCCAUCUCCAAGAUGGAUUCCUGUCACAUCUCUGAGGACCGCAGCCCAUGGAAUAGCGUCUACACAGGGAAUGGCGUUGCAUCCUCAUCACCACGCCCGGGUUCCAGCCCUGGGGCCACGUUGCCCGACACAGGGGCGAUUAUUCGUGGCAGGGGUCCACGGCUCCGCCAUUCCCGCCAGGUGAAAUCAAGAGGUAGGGGUGUCACAGGGCUGGAGUCAGUGGGCAUGCCGCUCACAGGAAAAGACGCUUCAAUGCUGGAUGCUGCCGAGACCGACGGUUACUUCUCUGACGGCGAGCAGAGCGAUUCGGACACACGCUCUGGUGGACGCAAACUCCGCUUGCCGCAGUUGCAUUCUGGGAACGAGGACCUGCUGAGAAGGAGCGUUCUGGCCUCAUAAAGGACUGAGCUAGUGAAUUGUAUCUCCAUCUGUGCCCAAUAUACAGUCCACAAAACAUGGCUGGAUGGCUUUGUUCAACCAAAUCCCGUCACGUCUACUUGUGGAAAAUCUCUUCAGCUCUCGACUGCUUUGUUUUCGGGGGAAAUUUGAAUGUAGCUGUUUGCCUAUCGUACAGUUAAGCAACUCCACCGGAGUGUAGUUUGUCGUCAGCCUAUUACAAGAUGUGAUACAUUCAACAAAUAGGAAAGAAACAUUUCAUUUAGUCUUUUGUUUAAAUUUCAGAUUCAUUUUGAUUUGGGCGUUGGGGUACCCAUUUCUGGCCUCAUGUCUGUGGUAUCUGCCAGACUUGGGAUCAAACACUUUGGGGCAUUAUUAUUAUUAAUAUUAUUCAAGCUGGUUUCAGGGUCUGCUCUUCUCUUGGUCUUUAUGGCCUGAGAUGCAUCCAAUGAGUCCUUGUUUUCUUGAAUCUGUUCAGUGGAAAGACAAUUUCAAACCAGAGCUAAUCUGAAUAUAUACAGGUGGUGACACGGGAUAACAUGUAUUCAGCCUUGAAAAGCACAACUAGCUAGUCAUAAGAGCUGUAAUGUAAGCACUCGUGUGUAUAAUAGAUGCUCAUUCAGGGUUGGGUUCAAUUCUCAUGUUUACCCGGUUUGCGAAAUGUACACUAAAGCCUACAUUCUUCAAUUUAUCUUCUCAGAUUUCCUGCUUUUCCAAUCUUUUGAUAGCAAAAAGAUUGACCCCAACCCUGGAGCUCAUUCAGAUUGUCACACAGAGACACAAACACACAGACAUACAGACACACAUAAUAAGCAAAUCCCUUUGCUAACAUCACAGCCGAAAUCAAAAAUAUUUGAUCUGACUUUUGUCAGCUGCUUUCAAAUCCUUCCUAGUUCUGAGUUCAUUUUUUUAUCAAGCCGGAAUCCUUGGAGAGAAAUCAUCGUAGAAACUCUGUGCCUUCUGUCGCUUGCCCUGUGCCCGCCCCCCCUCCCCUCGACCGAAAAAACGUAUCAAAAAACCAAACAAUCAGUAAGCAGAUCAAUCAGUCGUUCCUCAAUCGGAUUUGUAACAAUCAAACCAAAAGGUAAUCCCGUUGGAUUGGUUGCCGAGUGUAGCCAUUGUUCCGGUCUCCUUGUCUCCUUAACAAUUGUCUAGUGCCUGAAACAAGGAUGUAAAUGCAGCAUUUGCCAUUAAUCAACAAAGUAUCUGCAACAGUUAGCAAAGCAGAGCCACAGCGUACUAUCAGUGCAGAGAGCUGCCUACUGUUCUCUGCCCCUCCCCCCCCCAACAAGAUCACUGCAGCCCAGAGCCAUCGAUACACAGUUUGGCCAGGUUACACUGUGAGCACCAGAGACCUGAGUAAAACCAUAGAUACACAUGGAAAAUGGGAAAACGUAUUUUAGAUUAGUGGCAGAAAAACCAAUUUGACAUUUUGGUAUUUUGUGUAUCCUGUUCCCUAGACCUACAACAAUUAGAUAAACAAUCAAUACAAAAGAAAAUGUACCGCCAACUAUUUUGAUAAUCAAUAACGUUUUUUUCUAUGCAAAAAUACUAUUUCAGCCUCUUCAAAUUUGAAGAUUUCCUUAGUUUAUAUAUUUAACUAAACAUAUUUUUGAUUUGGACUUACAAAGCAAUGCAUUUAAAGAGACCCCCUCCGACCUUGUGACUAUUUUUUUGUAUUGAGUUAGUAAUACUUCAUCUCAUUCAUGUGUAUCUUUGCAAUGUAUGAUAUCAGUGUAGUGAAAAGUGUUCAUACUUUAAUGUGGCCAAGCUCUAGUCUCUGAUGGCUCUUCUGCACAUUUUCUCCUGUUAGAUGAAUGAUGACAAUGUAAAAACCAGCUUCAGAGGCCUGCGCUCUUAAGUUCUUAAAUUGAGUUGUUUGUAUUUCUUUAAAAAAAAAAAGAUACUUUUGUUGUUCUCGCAGAGAGUUGUAUUUUAUACUUAAAGCAGUCCAUGGUAUUCUCAGGGGUUAAGAAAAACGUUUAAAAAAGAAUACAAGGUUUAAAAAUGUAUCGAAAAGCAGCCUAAGACAGAUAUAUAUACAUACAUAUUUUAUAUCGUAUACAGUAUAUACAUAUAUAUAAAGUAAUGUGUGUAUGUCUAGAAACUUCCUUAUUUGGCAAGCUUCACUGUUGGAACUCCUACACGAAUACUACUGAGCAUGAUCCUUUUUCUCAGUAUGACCAUCAGCCCUGGGUUCAAUAGUCUCAACCAAUAAUUACAUUUUAUUCCUUUGAAUUAUAGACGAGGGGGCAGGUCAGAUACUAGCGAAUUAUAAUAGUUCUGUGGUCAACAACAAAAAGGGAUUCUUUUUCAAUUAUUAAGUAUAAUACCCAUCACAAGUGAUUUCAAGGGCUGCUCGACCCAGGUCUGAUGAACAGACACUUAAAUAGAGGUGCAAGUCCAAUCUACUUCCUCUGUUUUUGUUUUGCUGUAUGGAACAGCUUCUUACCUGUCUUCGGAAGUGACCACGCCAAAGAACAGAUCUGUGUAUGAAGGCCGCAUAUUUACAUCUUUUAUCUACACAAACACACAUACACGUCUCUGGUUUUCAAGAUGAACAAUGUUAGAUAAGGAUGUCAAACAAUUCUGGCUGCAGCUCAAUUAAAUCUCAACCCAGAUCGAGAGGGUUCAGUCAGAAAACACUUCAAGCUCCAAACGAGCGCAGCUAUAUUCACAACACCAACAAACCCAACCUGCUCCACAACUGCAUUUACAGGAAUUCACUUAGGAAAAGCUCAGCGAUGGUUUUUAAAUGCAGACUCACACAUUUAAACCCUAUUCAGAAAAAGCCAAAUGCUGCUGAACUGAACUCUCAACAAACAGCUCACACAUACAGACACAGACAUACACACCAGAGCUGGUAUAACAGGGUUCAAAUGUACAAGAUGACUAGUUUUUUAUGUGUAGGAGAUCCUGACUGCAUCAGGAAGUAUGAACUUACUCAGAGAGAAACGCCCCCUGUCAGCAGGAGAGUAUUAGUACUGGUGACAGUGUCUCCUUCAGAUUUAGCCAUCGUGGAAGACUCAUGUUGUAAAUCCUCCACUCUCAGCUCUUUUUCAACAUAAAAAGGUGGAAAAAACCAUCUGAGAGGGUUUUGUAGGAGGAUUUUAAACUUCUACUUUGGCUACUUUUAUUACAAUCCCCUCGAAAACAGACUGCAACAACACAUACAAUAACAAUAACCGAAAAAGAGUUUGUGUUUUGAAGCGAGGAUGUGGUGGCGUAUUAUCAUUACAACCCACAGAAUCCUCCACCGGGUGGUUGUGACCAUCCAUCGGUUGCUAAAACAGAAACAUGUAAUCUUGGUUUCAAUAUUCAGUGUUCAGAGUAGCCUGACUUUGUAGACAGUGGUAUUAGACAAGGCCUCACAUACGGCCUUAACUUGUAGUAGCAAAUGCUAAGGCUGCAUAGCUUUCGCAGGAAUACAAAAUCUUAACAUUUUGACUGAUUGUGCUCUAUAGAAGAUGUGGAGGUGAGUCAUUUGCUGAUUCUAAAGAUUAUCUUCUGUUUGUAAAUCAGAUUUGAACCUCCGAACGACACAAUAGUACCUUGUUUGGCAAAUUGCAGUUUAGAUUUAUUUUUUAUUCCAAGAUUCUGUGCAGCCUUGGCAAACAAACUGGUUAUUAUUCUGUAUUUACAGUCUGGCUUCAAUGCCAUCUCCUUCCGCUGCAUAGAUAUAGUAGACUGGAGCUUUUUGCAGGUUUUUUUUUAUCAAUAUCUUCUAGAAUACCACUUCAAACCAUCACUGUCUUCUGUGUGGUACGCUGGUGUGGGUGUUGGCUUGCAGCCCGAAAAGUGCUCUGAUGAUCUUUGAAUUUUGCAACUCUGUCAGGUCCGAUAUCCAGAUUUUAUUUGUUUUUUUUCUUUCUGGUUUUAAUCUGUAAUAUAAAUCAUGCUGUCAAAAUGUUCCGCCUCAGAGUGAAGCAUCAGUGUCAGUAUCAGCUGGAUAUCUGCGGGAAUAUUGGUGGUUAUGUUCCUCUGUGCAAGUGUACCAUUUAGAGUGCAUGAUAAAGACAUUAUGCAUAAUGGAUAAAUAUACAACUUUACAGUUUUCUAAAUGGUAAGCUGGUGCAAGUGUGAAGGCAAAACCUUCUCACUGCAGGAGUUGGCAUGAAUGCUACACUGGAGAAAUAACCCUGUGGGCAUCGUUCAUGAAAUGGCAGGUCUAAAACACACCUACACACUAGCCUUCUACUGAACACCUGCUUAAAGGCCAGCUGAUUGCUGAAGGCGAUUGGAAGCUCGCAUAUAAUUCAAACAGCUGCUGUCUUAUGUACCAACACUGUUGUAAAACUUCUGAGAAAGACAUCACUGCACCAGCUGGGUUGGGCUCCUCAGAACUUCCUCAGCAGAGCAAAGGUCAUGUUUAUAAGUAGGGCAAGCUAGGACCAUCCAGCGACAAAAUUUGUACAAACCAAUGGAUGCAACAUCAGUUUGAUUUGAACAUGAAAAAAAUGAUAAAAACCUGUGAAUCCUAUAUGUUGCAUCUUCUCAGUGGAAACAUGUUAUUUCCACCAUUUUAAGACCAAAUCUGAUGGUUGCUCUGAGGUCGUUUUGAGGAACCAGAAGGGUACCGUGAUGCUGUCGUGAGGAAGUCUCUUGUCCUCUGUGGCUGCUCCUUCUUCCAAAAAGAAAGUGAUUUGAGGCUGUCUGUAGGUCAGUAAAAUCAGGAAUGGACUCUUUAGUGGUAAUAAAUUUAAUUUGAGGCCUCAGUAAAUAGUUUUUCUCCGAAGGGAACAUUUGGUUUUGUCUAUAAAAUGGAUCAAAUUGACAAGGAACACUGUUUAAUCCUUUUAAAAAGCAGACUUUUUGUAAUACAAUUGUGUCGUCCUUGUUUUAUCUUCCUACACCAGCCAUGCAAACCCCCCCACCUGCGUACCACUGGAGUUUAUACACAUUUACAAUAAUGUAUAAUACUGUUCAUCUACUACUACUACUACUACUACUACUACUACUACUACUACUACUAGAGAAAAAUUCAUUUCCUUGUUUUGAAAAAGCCUUUGGAUGCUUUUUUUUUUCUUUUGUAAUGCUUUAGCUGGCCGCUGUGGCUCGUAUCAAAUUAGAAAGCUGAUUCAUUAUCUGCUCGCUCUGUUUUUACUGGCGCUUUGCUCUCCUCUCCGUUACAGCAAAGUUAUGGCUUCAAGGUCAACAUCUACAACCCAGACACAUUGCACAGAUGGGAGGUUUAGUCAUACAGACUGAGCCGCUGUGGAGGCAAAAGCAAGCUCGGUUUUCAAGUUAAGCCUAAAUUGGCGGUGUCAAAGAACCACAGUGAUUUGAGUCAGAGCGUCUUUUCUCAUUCAUUCAUGAUAUUGCGGGGGAGAUAAUUGGCAAACCAAGAUCAAUACAGACAAGACCUUAACAAAAUGAAAUGCCAUAUGUGAGGAAAUGCCUGGGCCAUGUGUUAUGACAAAUUAAUUUUGUCAUUUUGAGAGCAACCAAGAUUAUUGUUAAAAAAUGCAAACAUUUUUGGCAACUCUUGUGUUGGUUAAAAAAUGUUACUUUCUGACUCCUACUUCUCAAAUGCAAGGAUAUGUUGCUGCAAUAAUUAGUAAAAAGAUCUUUGGGUUGGACAAAGAUAUUUGAAAAGCAAUUAUUCACAUUUGAGAAUCCAAAACAAGGGAAUAUGUGCGGCUUUGCUUGGGUUACUGAAAAAUCAAGUAUCAAAAUUGUUGGAGGGACAUUCUUAUCAAUUAAUCACAAUAUUAUUUAACACGACUCAUUCCUGACAAGUUAUAGUUGUAUAUAGCACUGUAAUCAGCAAAAAAUCAGGGCAUUUGUUGUAUAUUCAUCUUAACAAAGCCUCUCAUUUUUGACUCUUUCACUGUGCUUCAGUCCAAAACCACUUAAUCAGCAGAUCUUUGGCUCCACCCACUGAGGUUUAACCCAAACACUGAGAUAACAUCUGCCUCCAGAGCCGCUCCAAGAAAUAUGUCAUUUUGUUUAGCUAAAUCUCCCGUCUGAACAAACUGCGCACCUUACUCUGUCUCCGCCAUUCAACAUCUUCCUCACUCUUCCUCCUCCCACCACCACCAGCACCCCCCCCCCCCCCCCUCCUUCUGUCGUGUCCCUACUGCCAACAACUCCUCCUCUCCUCUCCUGUCCUCUCCUCUCCUCUCCUGCCCGGUGAUCAGCCUCCUUGGCCGACACGUGGCUUUCGAAGCAAAGGACGAUCAAAAAAAAAAAAAUGUAAAAGAUGAAAAAAGAUGUCUGUAGCUUUAAGGACAAAUAAUGACAGGCACGUGUUGUGGAAGUACGUGUGUGGAGGGGGAAAUGUUGCACUCUGCUUUGGUUGUGGCCUGCAGUAAGAGAGGGAGAGAUGGAGAGAAAGAGGGAGAGAAAGGAGGGAGACGUUUACUGAACCGUUGCCAGAGAAGCAGACAGAAAGAGUACAACUUGUUCUUUCCCCAGUGUUCUGUUUGCAGCCUGUCCGCACAGUCCAGUUAACAAGCAGCUAAUAUAAACAACACCAGACCCUUCCCUUCUCCUCGGCUCUCUUCUUUCCCCUCUGUGCUUUCUCUGUUUCUCUCUCUGUACAGCCAAGUCUCCUUCAAAGAAUUUCCUUUACAAGCUGUAACAAUCGAAUCAGGAAAGCAGAACGGAAAGCGGUGAAAUUUACAUUAAUGGCAUGACCAGCCCUGGAAAACAAUUCCGAGUAUUUUUUAUAUGCAGCAUGACUGUGAACACAAAUCAUUCUCUCUGGCUAUAUGUGGUUAGAUUUUUUUGUAUUUAAAGUAAAGCAUUAAUUUGGCCAAUAUUACUCAGCAAAUAUAAGGCUGGUGAUAUUCUAGAUAUUUUUCUCACUGUCAAUAAAUACGAUGAAAAGACCAAAACCAGCUGUUAAUAGAUCAAACUAUGAACUAAAACCAAGUUUUAUACAAAGCCAAGAAAGUGUAACCCCCCUAUUGUCAAAAAACAGUUUGAAACACAUCAAUGCAUGACAUGUUCCUUCAUUCCCAUGAACACAGAGACUGAUUCUCAAACACACACAUACAACGUUGUUGCCUUUAAUACUAAUGCAACACAUGUGUAAUCCGCAGCUGAAAAUAGUCCCCAACAAAAGCACAUGUUUUUGUAACGUUUACUAAAAACCACAGUGCCCAACUGUUUUAAGAAAUAACCUGGUGUUUUUUUUAGUUAAUAUAUAUGUACGUUUUUACUAUAUACAGUCUUUGCUUGUGGGUAAGUGCUAAAACAGAGAGUAACACAUUGUUGGAUUUUUGCUCGAUUUGUUGAGUUGACAAUAAGGAAAAUAUAGAACACCUGCUUUAUCCUUUAAAUGUCACUAUCAGUCCAGAAAACUAUUUCUAUUCGUCAAGACCAUUAACUAUCACGUGAAAUUGAAUCCUUUUUAUAUAUCAUUUUUGGCAAUUUAACUUGGAUGGAAACAUGGCUUGAGUGCUUUUUAUGGUUCCUCUCUCACAAUCUGAGCAUUGUAUUCUUUGCAUCUGGUUUAACCAUCAGGCUCCUGGGAGGUUCACACAUAUAUAUCACUGCAGACAAAUUGGAGGUGUAAAUGCAACCAAACACACAGAAGAUCAAUUUAGCCUAAGCUAGCGUCUCCCACUGGUGGUCAAAGCAACAUUUGGUAUCAUUUAAUAUACGUUAAGCUCGGAGCUAUGCACAAAGUGUAGAUGUAAUAUAGGGACGUUGGUGGGAAUCUGAUUUAUGAGGAAGAGAGUGAUUUAGGCUUGGGCUCCGGAAACACUGCCAGAUGUAAAUGUAAUCUGGAUAAAUCACGUCGAGACACAAUCUGGAUUUGAGAUGCAGGUUUAGACCAUUUGUUAAGAGGCCCUCUGUGCUGAUCUCUGUCCCUGCUCUUUCUCCCACUCGUAAUUUCCCCUCUAUGUCUGUCUCUGCUUUAUCUUUUUCUCCUGAUUUCUUUCACUUUUUUGAUCUCAUUCCUCACUGUUCCUCCACAGUGUUUCUGUAAUCUGACUUCUCUUUCACACACACACACAGAACAAAUCUUCUUCCUCUAAGGCAAAUCUGUAUUAAUUGUGUGAUCUUUGAUACAGGCAGGGAAGGAAAAUGUGAUUUGACUCCAUUAAGUAUGGAGAGUGCAGUCUCUCUGUAUGAGUGGGAUACUCUCAUACUACAGGCAGUAUUUAUGUUUUGAGUAUGUGUGCAAGUUGAGUAAGAUACCAAAUCUAGGUAAAACUUAUCCUUGACUAUUCAUCUCUCUUUCCUCAUCUCUACCUGUUGGACUUUACUUUAUGUUGGUUUUGUCCAUUUAUUAACCAAAACAAAGUCCACAUUUGCAUUUUAAAUUGAAUUUGUAAUCUAUAAUUCCUGUUUGGAUUAAUCUCUUCUUAUUUGUCCUAUUUUUGAUCAGCUAACAGCAAAACUACAUCCCAGUAUGGUCACACAUACAUUUAUUGUGUCUCCUUUUGCUCUCUAUGUAUUGUAUAUGUUCACAGCUAAAACCAUUAAUAACAUAAUACAAGGUUUUCUUUCACUCAAGUCUGCCAUUUAUCAAGGCAAAUGAUGUCAAAAUGUAUUAAUUUGGAAAAAAAACAUGACAUGUGGACAAAAUGUCAUGACAUUGUUUGUGUGGAAGUGCUCUUUAACAUUUCUCUCUCACCUCCAUAACUUUUUUUGCUCUGGUGUUUUCUGUCUCACUCUGUUCCACUUUAGGUAUCUCUCUUCUUUUACUUACUUUCCAAUCCUCCUUUUUUCUCAGUACCCCCCUCAGAGCAGACUGUUUCUGACUCUCAUUAAAAAAAAACACUCUCCACUCUCCUGACCUGUGAUUUUCAAAAUGCAUUUCCUCAGGUUUAAAAUAAUAAUGAAACAAGAGUUCAGUGGAGUUUUGGUUUUCAAAAUAUUAGCAACUUUUUAUUCAGACUUCUCAGUACUUUCUCCUAGAAUAACUUACCACAUUUUAUUUAGUUAUUUUAAAAAACAUUUUCUCUCCCUCCUCUCUCAUGUAUUGUAAUAUUAUUGAGUUGCAUUAUGCAACAUCAUAUGUUUAGCAACUAUUGGUUGUAUUUAGGCGCUAUCUAAAAAACAAUUAGCGUUGUCCAAUCAAAGCAGAGCUGGACGCAGGCUUUUUCUCCUGUUCCUCCUGUCUUAUUUGUCCUUAUGAAAUGUGUUAAAAUCCCUGCUGUGGUUUCCAGUUUCUCCUUCACUCUGCAUCGGUUCUUCAAUACAAUAAUAUGAAUGUUGCAGGAGUUUAUCCUUCUGUAUUCUUUGUUUCAAAGAAUGUUGUGCCAUUUGUUAAUAGCAAAGAGAACUAUUGAACAUAUAUGAAAAAGAAGAGCUAUUUUAAAUUAUUUUUUGGCUUUUUUUGCUAUAUUUAUUUUUCUUGUAUUAGAAUCUUCUUUGUAGGAGGGAAAAAUCUAAAAAUGUAUUUUUCAUUAGUGCGAAAAACCUAUUUUCUUCCUUUUUGUACAAUUUCGAUGUUUUGAGCGAGACUUUGAAAAGCAAUAUGAUGUUGAUGACGAUGUUUCCUGUGACUGUAUCUGCAUGCUGUUUGUGUUGCCUUAAUGAUGGCUGCGUCCCCAUAUGAUCCCACCCACCCCACUCCCUACCUGUCUAUCCCAUCCCCCCCCACCCCCAAUCUCUGACCCCACCCCCCCCUUUAAAUCCCGCCCUCAUCUGAUGGAGUUCCAGUCCCAUCUGAUCCAGUCCAAUCCAGUCCAGUCCAGUGCAGUCAAUAAAGCAGUGCUUUCUGUGUAAACAAAACUUUCUGCCUCUGUUACUCACACAAACACACAGGUUAUUGAAUUAUGUUUUUAGCUAUGGUUAAAAAAAAAAAUGUUUUUGAGUAGAUGUAUGCAACGAUUUAUUAUUUACCAAAUUAAAGAUUUUAAACCA